AUGGCCGCCUCUGGCAUCUCUGCCUCGUGGACAGACCUGCUCGCUCACACGCCGGCCUCGCCAGGCAGCAGCUCGCGCGUAGCGCUUGGCGAAGUCGCUGCCCUCUGUCUAGCGCUCGAGGCCCCCAAGUGCUAUGCUGUGUACCGGCCAAGCAAUCCAGGCGGCUGUGUCAACCGCCACAUCUCGACUGGGCCUGCGCUCGCAACCCCACAGCACUUUCUGCAGCUUCUUGCUCGCUUGCGUGAAACACUCGGCACGCCUUCGGAAGCCGCGCGCAUUGCUGAGGUCUUGGUGGACCUGCUCAAUAAGCCUCCUCACCCGCACCAGCCCGGUCCAUGGGACCUUACUGAGAACGAGGUGCGCGCCGUCAAAGCUACUGCUAUCCAGCAUGUAAUGGACAGCAUGCAGGGGGGCAGCGAUGCACUAGCGUGGCUAGCGCGCCUCCUCCGGCUGACAGACACACGCGCAGGAGAGGGAGGGGUAACAGAGUCGGAGGUGCGGCUAUUGUUGGCAGCACUCACGGAGCGCUACGGCUUGCACGGCGGGUCGCCUGCCCCUCGAGUGCACUGCGGUGACGCUGACAGCGAGUGGCUCCUCACAUGUUCUCCGGGGGUACUCGCGGCGAUUGCAGCUGCGAUGCUGCGCAGCACAACAGAGGGGAUGAAGGCGCACGCGCUGGAACUUUUGGAAACUGCCGCCCUCAAGCGCCUUUCGUGGACCUCCCUCUCAUCCGACAAGGCGGUCGCCGGCUACUCUUACUGCAACGACGUGCAAAGCGGAGCAUCAAAGCCAUCUUUUGAUGAGACAGUGGUGGUGCAUUGCGCUGAAGCUGCUGCCGUGCAAGGGGACGCAGAGACCGUGACGCGUCUCAUCUUUCUCCUGUACCGCGCACGUGGUGCGCUGGGGUUCGCCACGUUGGCCGAGCACCGACAGCAGCGGCGCAGCGGCCGCGGUAAUGAAGGCACGCGGGGAAGGACAAGCGGUGAUCUGCUACCUUGUACUUCGGCUUGGCUCAGCGCGCGGUGGUGGUGCAGGGGCGACGGUGCCAUGGCGGAGCAGACGCCUACGUUGUUGGAAGGAGAUGCCACCGACAUGCAUUUUGAGCUGGCCGUGGUGCGGCUGCUGAAGAGCGCCAUGCAUGCUCUCCUGUACAACCCCCAGCGCAUGAGCGACCCCAUCGUCUGCACGGUGGAAGAGGCGCUCUCACUGUGGGACGGGUUGAAGAGCGCCACCAGCUGGCCUGGCAUUGCCGCGAUCGGCGCAGAACUGCUGCGCUACCUCGCCGACCAGCACAUACGGUUGGCCGUGGUGGCAGGCGAAGGUGACAAGGGUGCAGCCUCGGAUGAUGUGCACGUCCGGCAGGCGGCGCUACGAGUAUACGGGCACCUCUGUCGUGCCGCACCGCUGCGUCAGCGCACGACAGCCGAGCAUGUCGAGCUGAACUACUUCACCUUGUUGAUGCUGCGCAUCUUCUCCACCAGGCUCGCUAUAAUCGGGGAUGCUAGUAUGCUAGUCCCAGUGAUAGCGAGCACCACCGCAGCGGAGCAGAUUUUGAGGCUCUUCGCCAAUCUCUCAGGGCCCCCGGCACAAGAAGUCGCGCUGCCCUAUGCGCUCGCAGCCUCCCUCGUCAUCCUCGCGGCGGCUGCAACGCAGAAGGACUAUACCGUCUCGCCACCUCUCCUCGCCCCCCUCACCGCGUACUUUUCUGACACGAAGUCACUGCACUAUUACUGCGUGGCUGCGAGAUCGGCAGAGGUGCCGGCACACAUUGCGGUGAGCGGCGGCCUAGUGCUUCUCCACUUGUUCCUUUGGUCAAGCGUGCCGGAAGAUGAGUGGGCCCGUAGUGACGGGGAGCUGUGGCGGCUGUUUCAGCGGAUACAGAAGGUUAAAGAAACCGGUCAAGGAGCAGACGCCGCCACCGCCGCGCCAGCCACCGCAGCCGCCCACCACGUCGCUGCGUGGCUGAAAGUUGCUGGCGAUCAGCAGCGGUCACUUCUAUGGCUUCUGUUGCUCUCCGCUAAGCAGCGUGACAUGUCGUGGUGCAGGGCGGUAGUGGACGUAUUUUGCAGCCCCGCCUCCUCCACCCUCAUCAGCAGUACCGUUAACUCUGUCUACGAUCAACUGCCGCAGGCAGAGCUAAACAGCGUAGUGGCGCUACUCUACGCGUGCGGCAACAACGACAACCCCACGCACGCCAGUCAGACGCUAGACCGUGUUGUGAGCGCAUCCUUGCGACUCCCCAUCUGUACCCUCACCUUGGAGGCCCUUGAAGCGCAGCUGCAGCGAUUCUCCGGAGGACGCCAAGCCACCUCGGUGCUGGUACUGGGAGCUGCGUCCAUACGGGCACUCGCCGAGCGCUGCGCGGCGACCCCAAAAGAGGAUGCCGAUGACGAAGUGGCUGUGGAGGAUUUUCUGCGUGUGUUACAACCGCUACUUGUAGGGCCAACAGCGGCGCCUCCCUUGUGCUACACGGUGGUGGUGCUCACUCAAGCCUCCCUCGUAGAGCUGCAGCGCAUGCACACAGAUGCGAACGAUGCACCACGACACGCCUCCGCAUUUGUGUGUGCCCUCCACGACGCCCUCGUGAGCAGAGCAACGCCUCGUGCCUAUCAAGUUCGUGCAGCAUCCUCCUGGCCUCUCCUUCCAUCCUUAGCGGCGACUCUUCAAGAGCAGAAGGAGUUGCAGAGUGUGGAUGGACUGCGAGAGGCUACAGCAGCGGCGCGGCACUUGGAGCACACGCUCCCAAAGGAAUCACGACCGGUGGUGUGCCUGUGGGUCGAAAGGGAGGCACUCUUUGACUCGCCCCACACCCUUUCCGCCAAGGCCGAAGUGCUGCGCCACUAUGGCGUGCGUGAAGUCAGCACUCACCGUGCUCAUGUAGAGAAGGCAAAACGAGACAUCUUCUCGCUCGUGCGCAGCGACGCUGCAGGCACGGUGCACCCUACUGCUGCGCAGAUGACCGGGGAAAACGACCUCGCCAAAGCAAAGGCGGCUCGUCGGACGCGCCACAACUCGCUCCUGAGUGCCGUCUCGGAGAGGAGCAGACGCCAGCGCAGGGCGUAA